AUUCAGGGUUAAGAUGAGGGUGAUGGCACAGAGAACUUGAGGCCCACCUCAAAUUUCUUGGUUGAAAGACCAAUAAUCUCACUCUGCCAGGGUUACAAAGAAUUUGUACCGCUUCCAAAAGUCUGUAGCGGUGUGAAAAGAUGCAAAGUUUAAAAAAAAAGAAGAAUAUAAAACAGCUUGGAUGAGGUGCAGUAAGUUGAAAAACGAUUGUAGGUUUCCUAGUAAUGCUGUGGAAAAUGCCAGAACACUGAUGGGUGCACAGUUCAUGGCCACUGGCUUUGUUUGCCUUUUUACUUCAUCGGAGUAGCUUGACAUGGAAGCGACUCUUUCAUGUACUUUGAUAUCACAGUAACUACUUUUUCAAGGGGGAGUUAGACCAGGAUGUCGCUACCGUAUCAACAGUUUGCUCAGCUUCGUUUGCAGAGCUGAUGGCGUUCCCUCCUGUCACACAUGGAGUGACACGUCAUCAGCUGUUAUCUGCCUAACAAGUCCAACAUGUUUUUGGAGGAUAUGAAUCGCGUCAUUUUCUCUUGGGUCUAUUUUGCUCAUUUGGAAUAAGAAUGGUGUAAUGUAAAAUAAUUACUGCCUAUGGAGUUGGAUUAACAAACAACCCAAAAUCUAAGGGUUUAAUUUAAAUGAAUGAAAGAGGAGGGACUGUUCUUUUCCACUUUCCUGUCUGCCUGGAAAGCGUGCUGUCUUCCUCGUGCUCGUCCAAUCACGAGCCACGGCUCGAGUCGUUGGCCCACCUUCACCACACUCCCCCUCCGUCUCCAUGUCUCUGUCACCAAGCCUUUCUCCCUUUCUUUCUCCUCAUGUGUUUACUGGUUGGUGCAUGCUCUCCCUCUGCUGCUUAAUGUUGGGAUUAAAAGAAGAAACGGAGGAUUGACUAGAAACAAAGAAACCUAGAGGGGCUUUUUAGCUCCUAAUCAGCACAUGUGGAAGAUGGAAAAGCAGCCCGGUGCUUUGAACAGAAACCCUCAUGAGCUGUACUAUCUGAGAAUGCAAAGAACCAAAGAGAAGAUGGAGCGGGAGAAGACUGAAGAGAACAUGUACCAGAACAAGAGGAGACUGAAAGUGUGUGUGGCAACAUGCAACAGAGCCGACUACUCCAAGUUGGCUCCCAUCAUGUUUGGGCUGAAAUCUCACCCUGAAGAGUUUGAUCUGGAAGUCGUGGUUCUUGGUUCCCACCUCAUCGACGAUUACGGAAACACGUUCCGUAUGAUAGAGCAGGAUGACUUCGACAUCGGCUCCAAACUCCACACCAUCGUGCGAGGAGAAGACGAAGCGGCCAUGGUGGAGAGCGUCGGGCUGGCCCUGGUGAAGCUCCCCGACGUCCUGCAGAGGCUCCGCCCCGACAUCCUGGUCGUCCACGGCGACCGUUUUGACGCACUCGCUCUGGCAACUGCUGCCGCAUUGAUGAAUAUUCGGAUACUUCAUUUGGAGGGAGGCGAGGUUAGUGGUACUAUCGACGACUCAAUCCGACACGCGAUCAGUAAGCUGGCGCAUUAUCAUGCCUGCUGCACGCGCAUGGCAGAGCAGCACCUCAUCGCCAUGUGUGAGGACCACUCGCGCAUCCUGCUGGCCGGAUGCCCCUCAUACGACAAGCUGCUGUCCACUUACCACCGGGACGACUACAUGGAUAUCAUCAAAAGCUGGCUAGGUGACAAAGUGAAGGAAAAUGACUACAUUGUGGCGCUGCAGCACCCCGUCACCACAGACAUCCAGCACUCCAUUAAAAUCUAUGGACUGAUGCUGGACGCACUGAUCUCCUUCAACAAGAGGACGCUCAUCCUCUUCCCUAAUAUUGAUGCCGGAAGUAAGGAGAUGGUGCGCGUCAUGCGAAAGAAGGGCAUCGAGCAGCACCCCAACUUUCGGGCAGUGAAGCACAUUCCCUUUGAGCAGUUCAUCCAGCUCUUGUCGCACGCCGGCUGCAUGAUCGGAAACAGCAGCUGUGGCGUUCGGGAGGCCGGGGCCUUUGGCACGCCGGUCAUCAACCUGGGAACAAGGCAAACGGGCAGAGAAACGGGUGAAAACGUUUUACAUGUCAGAGACGCCGACACCCAUAAUAAGAUCUACCACGCUUUGGAGCUUCAGUUUGGAAAGCGAUAUCCAGGCUCUAAAAUCUACGGUGACGGCAAUGCAGUGCCCCGGAUUCUGAAGUUUCUGAGUAGCAUCGACCUGGAAGAGCCGCUCCAGAAGACCUUCUGCUUUCCUCCGGUGAAAGACACCAUCUCCCAGGACAUCGAUCACAUCCUGGAAACACAGAGCGCUCUGGCUGUCGACCUGGGCGGCACCAACCUGAGGGUGGCCAUCGUCUGUAUGCAGGGCAACAUAGUAAAGAAAUACACCGAGCCUAAUCCGAAAACAUUCGAGGACAGGAUGCGUUUGCUAUUGAAGAUGUGCAAAGAUGCAGUGCAAGAUGCUGUGCGCCUCAAUUGCAGGAUCCUGGGCGUUGGAAUUUCUACUGGCGGCCGUGUGAACCCGCAGGAAGGCAUCGUCCUUCACUCCACCAACCUGAUCCAGGAGUGGUCCUCGGUGGACCUGAGGACCCCCAUCUCGGACGCCUUGGGCCUGCCUGUUUGGGUCGACAACGACGGCAACUGCGCCGCGCUGGCCGAGAGGAAGUUUGGCCACGGCAAGGGGGUGGAUAACUUCGUCACAGUCAUCACAGGAACAGGGAUUGGAGGAGGUAUUAUCCAUAACUCCGAGCUGAUCCAUGGCAGCACCUUCUGCGCCGCUGAGCUGGGUCACAUCAAGGUUUCUCUGGACGGCCCAGAGUGUUCCUGCGGCAGCCAGGGCUGCAUCGAAGCCUUCGCGUCCGGAAUGGCCCUGCAGAGGGAGGCCAAGCGAUUGCACGACGAGGAGCUGCUGAAGAUGGACGGGAUGGAUGUGAAGCUUGCCGAGCCGAUCACCGCCGCCCACCUCAUCAGCGCGGCCAAAAACGGCAACUCCAAGGCCAACGCCGUCCUGCACAAAGCGUCCCUGGCGCUCGGCGUAGGGAUCGUCAACAUCCUCCACAUAGUCAACCCGUCCCUGGUGAUUUUGUCCGGAGUCCUGGCGUCUUACUACCAGGCCCCGGUGCAGCAGGUCAUGUCAGAGAAAGCGCUGUUCUCCGCCCAGAGCAUCAAGGUCGUCAAGUCUGACCUGGACGAACCGGCCCUGCUCGGCGCUGCUAGCAUGGUGUUGGACUACGCUACGAGGAGGACGUACUGAGAGAACUGGAAACGCACUUGGAACUUAUUUUACCAGAAUAUAUCAAGUCAACAGAUAAAUGGAGGAAGGGCUUGUAGAGCAGACUUGAAUCUUGUAUUGCAGUGAAUCCUUAUCCUAAUUUUAACUGUAUUUGGGAGAACAACGCUAGAAAUCGAUUGCUUGUUUACAGAUAUUAAUGACUGUAGUUUUAAACUGGGGAGGGCUAGAGAGGUGAUUAACUAGUUUAAUGCACGAUAUUCCGUUUUUUUUUUUUUUUCACUAAAUUAUUAUUGUUGUUGUCGUUUGCCAUCUAAACUGUGAACCAUUUUCCAGUCGCCUUUGUGUUUUGGUGAAUUUAGGCAAACCUCAUACUACAUGUACCACAAAGUUUAUCAAUAUGUCGUCUGCUGACAUCACCAGCAUGAUGGUGGCUGAGCUGAUUCCACUAUAGUUCACAUUAUAAAUUAUUUGAAGUCGUUUAUUUAAUUUUACUUUCAAUGGAUCUGUGCUGGUUCUUUGCUCCAUCAGUCCAAACAAAGAUGCUUCGGAACUACCGAAUCUUUUUCGGUAUUUAAGCCAAAUUUCUGUGUGCAAUAUGUCGGUGGUAAUCUUACUGCUGUAGCGAAUCUGUCUCUGUGGAAAUUGAAGGGGAACAACAGAGAAAAGGGCAUGUCUGCUAACUAUUACUUAAGAGGAUGUUGUUUUCUAGAGAAUGAAAAUACUCACUUAGCUUUUAGGGGGGGGGGUUUUGUGUUUUUUUUUACUUUUUCCCCCCAAUAUGCUCAGAUUUAUGUUCUCCCAUCACAGGAUUUUGUGAGUUCUACGAAACCCUUUCCAAACCCAAAUAGCACCCUUAAAAUUAUCUGCAGACGUUCCCUUGUUAAAGAGCUGCAAUUCCCAAAAUAUUUCCUAAUUUUUAGAGGUAGUUUGCUUCAGUUUAAAGCUAGUAGUCCUUGCUGUAAGCUUAAAGUCAGUGGAUCACUUGGACCUGAUUGCUGUAUGGUAUUAAAUCUUGACUUUAGUCUUGUUUUGACAAAGUGGACCUUAUUUCUUUCACUGCAGAAAAAAACUUUGUUCUGAUCAAAUUUUAUCAUAAUUUUGUUGUGUUUGAAUGUUUCUGGUGCUAUUUGGGCUGCAUAAUAAAAGUACUUGUGUGUUUUGGGUGGAAGAAGGAAAUACUGGUAUGUUCUAAACUGACAUUCAAGUGGUAGGAAGUGGGCAAAGUCAAAGCUUUAAUGACGCUCUUAAGCUUUGGGGGUCAGUUUUAUUUUUUUUAACAAAACUCAGAAGUGACCAAAGUGUUGAGACAUUCUGCUGCAUGUUCGAAAUCCGUUAAACCGGCUUCAUUUGUCUGGUUUCUGUAUAUCAUUUAUUAUUGCCUUGUCUUCCGGUUGUGGGGGGAUGCCAGCUAUUGUUGUGUUCAAUGCUCUGAAUUUUAUUUAGACUGCACAUCACCUGAGGCUGUACUGACGGAAAACCUUCUUACAGCUGCUACAGGAUGUAUAUGGUGUAUAGAAUGCGUUUUCUACAUUACCACUGACCUUAUGAAGACUUUCGGAGGAUGCCUUUUGAAGAUAAAUAAUGGGGUUUGUAUGCACUUCUACAUGUUGUGUUGUACAUUAUGUCCUGUAUAUACUUUAAAAUUAUAUUUCUAGAAGCUUAAUGAUUUUGUUGGUCCAAUUAAUAAAACAUUUUGGAUACGAAA